AUGAUGUUGGGGGAUCAAGUUACGACACAAGCUAGGAUUUUCUUCAUUUCUCUCUCUCUCUCUCUCUCUCUCUCUUUCUCCCUCCUCCACCUCUCUCUCACACACUUAAUCACUCAUUCUGAUAGUGAAUGGUGGAAAAUCUCGAAGUUUGAUUUUGGGGAUCUAGUUUCGGGGCAGAUUAGAGUUUUCUUGGUAUCUCUCUCUCUCUCUCUCUCUCAGGAUCACGUUUCGAACGAAGCUGUGUGUUUCUUCAUUUUCUCUCAUUCUAUCUCUCUCUCUCUAUCACUCACUUCCUCUCUCUCUCUCUCUCUCUGUAAUUUCUGGAAAAUCUCCUCACGGAUGACGUUAGGGAUCACGUUUCGAACGAGGCUGUGUGUUUCUUCAUUUUCUCUCAUUCUAUCUCUCUCUCUCUAUCACUCACUUCCUCUCUCUCUCUCUCUCUCUCUCUCUGGCAGUGAAUGCUGGACAGAUUUUCUCACAGAUUUUUUCUCACUGCCUCUGACUCUCUCUGUCUGUUUCUCUUUCAUGGAAUGCUGGAUAAUCUCCUCACAGAUGAAGUUUUGUGAUCAAGUUUCGGAUCAUUUGUCGCACUCUCUCUUUCUCUUUGUCUCUCUCUCUCUCUCUCUAUCUCUCUGGCAGUGA